GAGAGAUAUUUUAUUUUCUCCAUCUUUAAAAUAAUUGCUCUCUCUUUUAACUUUCUUCCUUAUAAUAUCACACUCUCUUCUCAGUUCUUACUUACUAAAUCAUCUCUAUUUCUGAACUUGUUAUUAAACACUGCGUUUUAGGGGGAAAAAGAGUCAACCGGGAAGUCAAUAGUACAAUGGAGAGCACAAUGAAGGAAGUAACAGGUGGAGGUUCUGUGCUCGAUUUGGAUUCUAAAACCGCCGUCGGCGGUGGCGUUGAGGAUGUUUACGGCGAGGAUUGCGCUACUGAAGAUCAGUUUGUCACUCCUUGGACUACCUCUGUCGCUAGUGGAUACUCGCUGUUGAGGGACCCGCGCCAUAACAAAGGGCUAGCAUUCAGUGAGAGGGAGAGGGAUACUCAUUACUUGCGCGGCCUUCUGCCUCCGGUUAUUGCAUCUCAAGAGCUCCAGGAGAAGAAAUUGAUGCAUACUAUUAGGCAAUAUCAGCUCCCUCUUCAGAAAUACAUGGCCAUGAUGGAGCUUGAGGAGAGGAAUGAAAGAUUGUUUUACAAGCUGCUCAUUGAUAAUGUUGAGGAGUUGCUUCCUAUUGUUUACACUCCGACAGUUGGUGAAGCUUGCCAGAAAUAUGGAAGUAUCUUCAAGCGUCCUCAGGGCUUAUACAUUAGUCUGAAGGAGAAGGGAAAAAUUCUCGAUGUUUUGAAAAACUGGCCAGAAAGAAGCAUUCAAGUAAUUGUUGUAACUGAUGGUGAGCGGAUUUUGGGACUUGGUGAUCUUGGAUGUCAGGGGAUGGGAAUACCAGUGGGGAAAUUGUCUCUAUACACUGCACUUGGAGGAGUUCGCCCUUCGGCAUGUUUGCCAAUCACCAUCGAUGUAGGAACAAACAAUGAGAAAUUGUUGAACGAUGAAUUCUACAUUGGACUCAAGCAGAGAAGGGCAACCGGCCAGGAAUACUCUGACCUGCUACAGGAAUUUAUGAGUGCUGUAAAGCAAAACUAUGGAGAAAAAGUUCUAAUCCAGUUUGAAGAUUUUGCUAACCACAAUGCUUUUGACUUGCUUGCAAAGUAUCGUACAAGUCAUCUUGUAUUCAAUGAUGAUAUACAGGGGACAGCAUCUACUGUUCUAGCAGGGGUUAUCGCAUCAUUGAAGCUGCUUGGCGGUUCCCUGGGUGAUCACACUUUCUUGUUCCUUGGUGCUGGAGAAGCUGGAACUGGUAUAGCGGAGCUUAUAGCGCUUGAGAUUUCAAAACGGAUCAAAGCUCCUUUGGAGGAGACCCGUAAGAGGAUCUGGUUGGUGGAUUCGAAGGGACUGAUUGUCAGCUCCCGGAAGGAUAAGCUUCAACCAUUCAAGCAGCCGUGGGCUCAUGAGCAUGAACCUGUUGACAAUCUCCUAGAUGCUGUCAAGGCAAUCAAACCAACAGUUCUUAUUGGAUCAUCUGGAGCUGGAAAAACAUUUACGAAAGAAAUAGUUGAAACCAUGACUGACUUGAAUGAGAAACCUAUAAUCUUGGCUCUCUCCAAUCCAACAUCACAAUCGGAGUGUACAGCUGAAGAAGCUUAUACCUGGAGUAAGGGCAAAGCAACUUUUGCUAGUGGAAGUCCAUUUGAUCCUGUUGAAUACGAGGGCAAAGUUUUUGUUCCUGGCCAGGCCAACAAUGCAUACAUUUUCCCUGGAUUUGGGCUGGGAUUGGUCAUGUCCGGGGCAAUCCGUGUUCAUGAUGAUAUGCUUCUGGCAGCCUCUGAAUCGUUGGCUGGACAAGUAACAGACGAGCACUAUAGCAAGGGGCUAAUCUACCCACCAUUCUCCAACAUCAGAAAAAUCUCAGCUAAUAUUGCUGCUAAUGUAGCUGCUAAGGCCUAUGAACUUGGACUGGCUACACGUCUUCCUCGCCCAGGGGACCUUGUCAAGUAUGCUGAGAGUUGCAUGUAUAGUCCCCUGUACAGAAAUUACCGAUAAUUUUGUGGCUUUAUUGAUGAGAAAAGCUACUUAUAAAGAGUAUAAAGUGUGUAUUUAUCAUAAAGAAGAGAGAGACCUGUGUUAACAUGUGUGGUGUGCUGUGUAAGUUAUUAUUCGAGUGUGUGUGCCUAGAAGCUGUAAUUGUAAGUUCAAUAAGAUUUUUCAUUCUGAAUAACUUCUUUAACUACCUGUUUCUAAAUUCAACAUAUUCUCGGAGUUAAUAAGUGUGACUAUCAAAUGUCUUUCUCGUGAAA